AUGGUUUCCGAGCCAUUUUCGCCUUUCGAUGCAUUGCCAGAGGAAUGCAUCUCCAACAUAAUCUCUUUCACAAGUCCACGAGACGCUUGCGUCGUCGCUUCGCUUUCCAAAACCUUUGGCUCGGCGGUUGACUCCGACAAAGUAUGGGAGAAGUUUCUUCCGCCUGAUUAUCACUCUCUUAUUCAUCCACCAUCGAGAAUCUUCUCGUCCAAGAAAGAGCUCUAUUUCUCUCUAUGCAACGACUCUCUUCUAAUCGAAGAUGGCCAAAAGAGUUUGUGGUUAGACAAAGCGAGUGGGAAGAGAUGUAUCAUGUUAGCUGCGAGCAAAGACGAGAUCUCAUGGGGGAAUAGUCCUGGUUUUUGGGAAUGGAUCUCAAUUCCUGAAUCUAGGUUUGAAAAGGUACCGGAGCUUCUCACUAUACAUGUCCAUUCCAGAUCAACUGUGUGA